AUGAACACCUCUGUAGACAGCAACUCUACUCUCCUCUCCUCCUUCUCUGAACACCUUCUGUCUGUCCAGUAUGUUCUGUACACUGCUGCCAUCUCUAUCAACCUCAUCCUGGUCUUCUCCCCACCUUCCUUUCCAGUAUCAACCCAGUAUGUUCUGUACACUGCUGCCAUCUCCAUCAACCUCAUCCUGGGUCUCCCCACCAAUGUCUACAUCCUGUGGCUGAUAGUGACCGGAGCUGUAGGGACGAUGGCUUCAGACUUCUUCUCUCUCAACCUGGCUGUGUCUGAGAUCCUCUCCAUCCUGUCCAAUCUGAUGUUUAUUGUUCAUCAACUCCUCCUAGAGAAUGACGUUUUACGGAGCGUUGGGACAUUCUUUACCGGUUUCAACCUCUUUGGUCGUCCUCUGUUCCAGUGCUGUAUCUGUGUGGAGCGCUACCUGGCGGUGGUCCACCCUGUAACCUUCCUGAAGUACAAACCCCUGAGAUACAGGGUGGGGUGUUGUGGUGUUGUCUGGAUGAUGGUGCUUGGGUUCUGCUUUGCAAAGCUGCUUGGUAAAUACCAAUCUGCAUGGUGGAAGAUAUUUACUUUGAUUUUAAACCUGCUUACUGUUUCUGUGAUGUUGUUCUGCUGCCUGGCUGUUCUCUGGGCUCUGAAACGUCCUGGUCCGGGGGAAGGAGAGAGAGAGGGGGAAGGGAUGAACAACAUGAAGCUGAGGGCCUUCAGGAUCAUUUCAAUGAUCAUCGUGUCUAUGCUUGUCAUGUACCUCCCACUGGUUCUUCUCCUAGUCAGUUAUCAUUUUAUAGAAUCAGUGGAGUUAUUGGGGGGAUGGUCCAUUUGUUACUCUAUCACUGUUGUCAGUGGGUUUGUUCAGCCCCUCCUCUUCCUCCACAGGUCUGGGAAACUGCCUUGUGUCAGGGGACCCUGA